AUGAUCUCAAGUCAAAGACUUCUUAUUUCGCUGGCUCUUCUUGCUGGCGGAGUCUUGAGCGUCAAACAAACAAUAGAAGCCGUAGAAGAAUUUCAUGACAUGUUAGUCGCGUCCUCAGGCUCGCCAUUCGAUGACGGUUUGGCAACCAUGUCGCAGAUGGAGGUGAAUCCUGAAGAUGCACUCUGUUAUAAUGGAACCUUCUAUGUGCUAGACUUUGAUCUUCCAGGGGGAUUGGUCAGCGCAUUUUCGGCUAGGGAGACCCUCUACUGUUUCUUGACGGGAACAUGUGAUUUUGCAGGUUCUGCCUUUGCACAAGCCGCCGCAGAAAACUGUGCCGACGCCAAUGGACGAUUGGUCAUUUCGGAUCUAUACGUCUGUCGGACCGAAUUUGGAGCGGAAGGGGUGGGCAGCAACGAAAACAUCAAACUGGCAAAUCUACCCCUAUGUGUUGAUCCAACCUGUCCCGAAGACACGACUUAUCAAAAGAUUCUGAAGACGUCUUACGCACUGGGAUUGGGUGGUGAUCCUUCCUUUGAAGGAACCUUUACAGGAAAAUGUGCGCCCAUAGAGAUUGAUUGGAAACCAGACUCGGCGCCUUUUGAGCAAUUGUCCGCAAACGUUGGCGAUGAAAUAGUAUUCAAAUAUGGCUCGGUAGAGUCCAAUGUGUACAUUCAUCCAGACGGUGGUUGCGAUAAAGCAAAUGCUAUUCUGGUGGGCAGUACUGGUCCAACAUCGUAUACCUUUACAGAAAGUGAUGCUGGAAAGACUAUGGUAUUUGCAACUGACAUGGGAUCUCGUUGCGAACAGGGACAAAUACUGAGUGUUGUCGUUCAAGGAGAAACUCGAGGUCCAGAGGUGAUUGAAAUUGAUUGGGCAAUACCGGCCGAGCCAUAUGCCAACCGAACGGCUAGAGUUGGAGAUACUGUCAAAUUUACGUACAGUACCUCACAUAAUGUGUACAAACAUCCGUCAGGCACUUGCGAUGAAAAGCACAGUUUGCUCGUGGGUGGCACGACUGGUCCUGGAUUUUAUCGAUUCAUUGCCAAUGAUACGGGAACGACCGUUACCUUUGCGUGCAAUGUCGGCUCCCAUUGCGAAGUGGGCCAAAUCAUUCAUUUCCAAGUGGAAGGAGGGGCUAGAGAUGGUGCAACGGUUCCAACAUCUCCACAAAUUCCCACCAUGGCACCAUCGGCAGCGCCUACCUUGUUGCCAGCGGAUGACUUUGCGGCGGCCAUUGCCAAUGGUGACUACGAUGUCAUUUUGGAUGUUCGAACAGAAACCGAGUUUAAUGCAGGACACAUUGAGGGUGCCACCUUGGCGGAAAGCUUGGCAGGCUUUGGUAACAUGGGACACACGGGAGCGUCUCCUUCCGACUUGGCUGGAUGUGAAUUCUGUACCAUUGGAGUCUAUUGUCGGACUGGAGCUCGAGCCAGAUCAGCAAUUCAGGUACUAUUGAACAGUGGAUUUCAAGGGAAGCUUUAUAAUGGUCAAGGAACGAGCCAAUGGACAAAUGCUGGGUAUCCACUUGUAACUGGCAACUCAGUCGUCCCUCCUUGUACAACCUCUGGCCAGGACAGUUGCGCUGCAGCAGUGCCGCCAACGGAAGCUCCCAAGGGCGACAUACCCGAUCGUAAAGAACCGAAACCCGAAAACAAGAAUGGAUUCAAGAUUCAACGAACCAGAACAGGCACCGAUUUCACACAACUUGGUGUCCGUGGAGGGGGUCGACGAAUGGUGACCAAUCUUAUACCAGAAGAGAUGGAGUAG